GCAAUAACUUAUUUUCUCCAACCCUCAGUUACAACCCUCUUACCAGAUUCAUCCCUUCCAUCUAUAUACUUCACUUACUUAUCACACGCGCACAAUUUCCAUCGAUUCGACGAACAGAUAAGAAAAUUGAGAGCCUAAAAUUUCGACAACACUUAAAUUAUUCGACGAGAUCCCAAAUCGAGAUCUCCCAGAAAUUUGGCAUGCAAGAGUUUUUUGUGCUAUGGCUGCAAAAUGAAGGUUUUCUUUUAGGAGAAACUUUGAGAAUUUAAGCUUUGAGAUUGGAAACUUGGAUCAUCAACAAAUUUGAGGGAGAGAAUUCAGAAUUGAAGAAACCCAGAAAAUAAUUUCUUUGGGUUCGUGAUAUUUUAUGAAAAUUUCGAAUGUGAGCUUGUCAAUGUAGAAAGCUGGAAGGAAGGGGAAAUGAAUUUAGCUUAAGACUCCAAAAGAUGUUUGGCCAGGAUAUUUUUGAUCUAGAAGAUGAUGGCUUUGAAGGAUCAAAUGAAGAGCUCCGCAUCUCCCAAGAGGUGUUCUAUGGAAAUGCUGCAGUUGGCUGUAGUAAGAAGUGUGACGCUACUGGAGGUACCACAUCUCUGACCGAGUCUCAUAAGAUGCUUGAGAUUUCACCUAGUUCUCACAGUGAAAAUUCAGCAGUAACGAAUCAAGCUUCUCCUAAAGAUGUAAGUCAGAAGGAGGCUGCUUCUGCUGAAAUUGAGAGGGAUUCUCAAGUAUCAAGCUCUGCAGAGGGGUCUAUCAUGGAUGAAAUGAUUGAUCAUGAUGUGCAUGCAAAGCGGAUGAGGUAUUCAGUGAACGAGCUGUCUAAUUUCAAACCGUACCUUGAUAAGGCUGUGAUUUCAUCCAUUCCGCUGAAGCAAGUUGUUUCUGAAGCUUACCGUCCUGUACUGCCUGCUCCCUGCCAAAUUCUUAUGUGUCACGUGGUUGAGUCGUGCAGUGAAGGCGUGACAUCUAGUUGUUACUUGUUAAAGCAAUAUCCCGAAUCUGACCAAGAAGGUAACUUAGCAGAUAGCAGGUCUUUCAAUUGUAGCUUGUCAGGCUCAGAUGGAAGUGAGGUAAAGCAAGUUGGUGUUAGUAACUCUAUAGCUUCGCCCAUUUCACAGGAGAGUUCUGCUACCAAACUUUUGGUUCCUAGCCCCACAGCUGUUGCAGUCAGCGAGUCUGAGUCACUUCAACAUGCUGACAGACGACCCAGAAAAACUACUUAUUCUGAAUGUGAAGAUGAUGAAAUAUUGAAUGGUGACAGCAUGAAGGAUUCCCAUGCUAUUCUUCGUUCCCGAGCGUACCUCUUGCUUGAAAGAGCUGGAUGGUCUCCUGAGAGGCACGUGAGAAAUGAUGGGAGGAACCGAUAUGUUUAUAGAUCACCUGAAGGAAAGAUUUUUCGUGAAUUUCCAAAAGUUUGGAACUUGCUUGGUCAGAGAUUAUUGGCUCAUGGCAACAAUAAAAUAAAAGUAGAUGAUAAACAGUGGACUACAGUUGAUGAGUUCUGUUCUGAUUUGUUUGAAACACUAAGGUAUAUUGACAAUACGAUGAACGAUUUGGAGCCCAAGUGUUCAUUGACUUGUCAAUGGAGGCUUCUGGACCCCUUUGUGAAUGUAAUUCUUGUGAAUAGAAAAAUGCAUGCACUCAGAGCCGGAAAGCUAGUCAAAGCAAAGCAAAGCAAUGUAAGUGAUGUGGAUGGCAAAGCUCAAUCGGAGUCUAGAUUCAAAUAUAGGAAAGGUGAUAGGAAGAGGCCUUUAGAUGGACAUGCUGAGAAAACUUUUUGCAGUCCUUCUAUGGCCUCUGAUAUGGUCGGGACUCAUAAAACCAGUUCUAUUUAUGUUUCUGAAGGAAAUAACAUGCGUCUUGUAAAAACAAUUGCUAAAACUGGAAAUUGCGACGUGGGAGCUUGUACAGAUGAAUUGAAUUCAUGUCGCAUAUCGGCCUGUGAGUCUGAUAGCACAUGUUUACAACAUCCUGCUUAUCUAUAUGAUGUUCCUGUUGGCACUGCUGAGACCAAAGCAAUUUAUGGACAUUCUUCACCUCAUCAAGCUAGUUGUAUCAGUUCUCCAAGCUACAAUAAACAGAACCUGGAACUAAGUAAGGAAAGCUCCAAAGAUUCUGCAGUUUGUUUGUUGGAGGAAGUAGCUGAACCAUUGGAAAGAUUUACCAUUGACGGAGUGAAGAAAAUGGACUGCAUGUCUGAAGGUUUUUCUGGAGUUGAACUCUCCAAACUAUGCCGAGAAGAAGCUGAUGUCGUUCGCGAGGCUAAUGAUAGGAGCGGCCAGUUAAAUUUAGUUGAUAUACAAGGCUGGUCGAUGGAUUAUGUUGACAAUGAUGCAAGCUUAAAUAAAUUUUCAACCAACUUUCUUGAGCAUCCUAGUGUACUGAAAAGGUCUCUACCUGGAAAAAGUUACCGAAGCAGACAUCGUAGUGGUUGCUGUUUGGAAGAGCUAAAUGCGGGUCGUGAUGCUGAUAAACCUCUACAUGCAUAUAGUGGCUCUAUUGAAUCACAGUCUUGCAAGCAACGCAUGACACCUAAAAAGAAUUACAGUAAGAAGAGGAGAUCAAUGGGUUGCAGGCUCAAGGAUGAUGACUUGUUGAUUUCGGCAAUAAUAAAAAAAAGAACCUUUAGAUCCAGAGUAAAUGAUUGUGGUCCGCUGCCAGGGAAGUUUAAGGUUAAAUCUCCGAAGAAACGCAAGACCCAGAAAGGAAGUUGUAGAUUGCUUCUACGGAGCCUUGGCAAGGGUGGGAAACAUUUUACAGAGAGGUGGGCCUUGAUUGGUGAAAGGACAAUUUUGGCAUGGUUAAUUAGUGCAGGGUCUAUACUUGUAAAUGAAGCAAUUCAAUAUCGUGAUCCGAAGGAUGAUGCCGUGGUUAAAGAAGGUCUUGUUACAAAGGAUGGUAUUCUUUGUAAUUGUUGCAAUGAGGUGUUUCCUGUCUCUCAGUUUAAGAUCCAUGCAGGUUUUAAUCAGAAUCGUCCUUGUUUGAAUCUUUUUGUGGGGUCUGGUAGGCCGUAUACUCUAUGUCAGCUUCAAGCUUGGUCGGCUGAAUACAAGGUCAGGAGAAGUGGCGCACGACAUGUGCCACUUGGUGAGUUUGAUAAAAAUGACGAUUCUUGUGGAAUUUGUGGUGAUGGUGGGGAACUGCUCUGUUGUGAUAACUGCCCUUCUACUUUUCAUCAGUCAUGCUUGUCAGCAGAGGAGCUACCUGAAGGGAGUUGGUAUUGCCCAGAUUGCACAUGCCAGAUCUGUGGAGCUCUGGCCAAUGACACUGAACCCUCAAGUUCUUAUGCUGCAGUGAAAUGUUCACAAUGUGACAAAAAGUAUCAUCAAUUGUGCUUGACGGACAAGGGUAUGAGCAAAGAUGGUGGUGCUUCUUGGUUCUGUAGUUCAGAUUGUGAAGAGGUCUUUGUUGGUCUACAAUCUCGUAUUGGCUUGUCCAACCAAAUUGCUGAUGAAUAUUCCUGGACCCUUCUGCGAUGCAUCCAUGAUGAACAAAAAGUUCCUUCUGCUCAACGUUUUGCUCUAAAGGCUGAAUGCAACUCUAAGUUGGCUGUUGCUGUUACUAUUAUGGAGGAGUGCUUCCUCUCCAUGAUUGAUCCAAGAACAGGCAUAGAUAUGAUACCACAAGUGGUGUACAAUUGGGGGUCGGAAUUUGCAAGGCUAGAUUAUCAUGGAUUUUAUACUGCUGUUUUAGAGAAAAAUGAUGUACUAGUAUCUGUUGCAUCUAUCAGAGUGCAUGGAGUAGCUGUUGCAGAAAUGCCACUCAUCGCAACUUGUAGCAAAUAUCGUCGGCAGGGAAUGUGUCGACGUCUGCUGAAUUGUAUUGAGAAGAUGCUCAUAUCCCUGAAAGUUGAGAAGCUUGUGGUUGCUGCAAUUUCUGAUUUAGUAGAAACCUGGACAAUCGGAUUUGGUUUCGUACCUAUGGAGGAGGAUGAGAAAAGAAGCUUGAGCAAAAUCAACUUUAUGGUGUUUCCAGGCACCGUUAUGUUGAAAAAGACACUUUAUGUGAAUCAAGCUUCAGACCUUCAAAAAGGAGUUGAAGAUAUCUCUGCUCUGGGCAGUGAUGACUCAUGUAAGAUAGGUAUUUGCUUCGAAGGGGAUCCUAAAAUAGAUGCCAUAUAUGGAAAUACUGAAGAGGACAUUUUUAUUGGAGGUGCAAAUGAACUAGAAUUUAAGCCGAUAAGCUCUCCUGAUUCGAAGACAGCUCAGAAGAGAGCAGGUACUGCUGAAGUUGAGUGUGACCAUUUGAAUGGUUUGGGUUCCUUGGAGCAGGAGGAUAAGGUGACAGUUGUAAAAACAGGUCUUAAAAGAGAGGAGCUUUUCCAUGCGCUAGCUGGGUGUGAAAGGUUAACAAAUUAUACUGGUGAGAGCAAAAUUUUGCAAUUUGGCUCAUUAGGUAUGAUUGAGAGUGAUAACCUGGUAAGCUCCGAAUUUUCUGUUGUGGGGUCAGAGAUUAAACUUCUUGUGGAAGAUCAGGAUAAUUGUUUGCAAGUUGCCAAAGACCAAGAUAUUGUGAAGACCGUUGAAUGCAUGGAAAUACCUCCUGCACGGAACAUGCCUAGUAACAGAACCGAAAGGGUAACUGUAGAUAAGCCUUGUAAAUUUCUGGAAGUACAAGAUUGCUUGGAUCAAGACAACCCUUUUUGGAGCCAAUCCGCAGGAGAAUGUUUAAAUGAAUGUGUCUUAAGAAAAAAGGAAACACAUGUAGGAGUUACGCAUGAUGUUGCAACUCAUGUUGAAAGCACGUUUAAGGAAGCUGAAUCAGUUUCAGAGCUCAGAAACCAUGUAACUCGCAAUGAUCUGGAAGGUGGGAGCACCAUCCAUGCAUGUAAAGCGAGUCAAGAUGUGCUAACUAAGUUGGCGAAUUCAGAGGCAGUGAUGGGAUAUGUAGAAGGUGCUGAAGCCAUGAAAAUUACUGCUGCUUGUAACUUGAGUGAAAGUGUGGCAAUUGAAAUGGUGAAUCCGGAGGCAGCAGAGGAAGAUGAGCAAUCUUGUAGAGAUACCAAAGUUGAGGCUGCAAGUCAUGUUAGAGAUUAUGCGUCAGUUAGUUUGAUGAAUAUAGAGGCUGUCAAGGAAGCUGUAGAAGCAUCUGUAGGCAUAGAUAUAGAAGCAACAAGUGAUAUAAGUAAAAAUAUGUUAAGUAGAAUGGUGAACUUGGAGGAAGUGAAGGAAGAUGAGGAAGCCGCCGAAAGCAUGGAAGUAGGGGAUGCAAGUACUACUAGAAGCAUGAGGGGAAAUGUGUUGGUGAAGGAAGGUGACGAAGUUACUGAAGAUGGUGCAAGUAGUAAAAGCAACAAUGUGGUGAAUAGAGACGAUGAAGCUGCUGAUUGCUUGCAAGUAAAAGCUACAACUAGUAACACAAGUGAUCGUGUGAAGAUUAAUUUGGUGAAUCUGGAACCACUGAAGGAAGGUGAUGUAGUUGCUGACAACUUGGAGUUGGGGGCUGCCAGUAAUCCGAAUGAAAAUGUGAUGAUCAAGUUGGUGAAUUCAGAGGCAGUGGAGGAAGAUAUAUAUGUUGCUAAUGGCUUGGAUGUAGAAGUUGCAAAUAAUACGAGUAAAAAUCCGACAAUUAAGUUGGUAAAUUCAGAACUUGUGGAGGAAAAUGAAGAAGAUGCCGAAGGCAUAGAAAUUGGAGCUGCUAGCAUCAUUAGUGGAGAUGUGACCAUUAACUUGGUGAGUUUGGAGGCAAUGAAGGAAAACGAGGCAGCUGCGGUUGCAACACCUAAGCUAUCUAAUUAUGAGGCGAAGGAAGAGGAGCAAGCUCCUGAAGUUAUGGAAGUAGAAGCUGUAAGUAAAGAGGGGGUAUAUGCCACAAAUAAAUUGGUGAUUUCAGAGGCAGUGAAAGAUGUGCAGACUGUUGAAGGCAUUGAAAUAAGCAGUGCAAGUAAUAUGAGUGAUAUCAUGACUACUCAUUCGGUUAUCUUGAGGACGGUUCGUGAAGAUAAAGAAGUUGCUGUUGAAGCUACGGAAACAGGUGCUGAACCCAUUGGUCACUCGGACUCCUUAGACGAAGAAAUUAGUUUAGAAAGACGAUCAUCAGAGAGUUGUGAAUAUAAUGUACCCGUUGUAAUCCAAGAGGGAGUUUCUGGUCAAGAAACCCAGUGUGUAAGUGUUGAAAACCAGCUUUCUUUGAUUGAACAAUCUCAGCAAGCUAGUGUUUUGCCUCAGUCGUAAUAAAGUUGGUGCAUAUUCUGGA